GGUCCGGAGCCGCGCCCCCGAACACACCGAGGGGCCGCGGCGGCUCUGCGGGCAAUGGGGACCUCACAGCGCCGACCCGAGCCCCGCGAGGCUUAUUUUGGUGCGAGGUUAUGUUAGAGUUUUGAGAGUUGAGUGAAAAAAAAUGUUUUUUUGAAUGCUGUCUUGAACCUGAGAUUCUUUUCUUGAACAUUCGGCAGUAAUUGUAAUGAGCGGUUACCGUGUGGCUUCCUGCCUUUUAAUGACAUAGGUUUAGUAAACAGUUGAGAAGAAAGCUGGCUGUGUAUUUUAUUUUAUUAUUAUUUUUCGGAUCAGACAGUAGUGUUUUUAUCGAAACUCUCUUAUAGGAAUUUUGAAACAACCUUUUAGUGAAAUGAAAGAGUGUUACUGGAAAGUUGGGAAAUGAAAUAGUUAUCCUUGAAAAUGUAACGGACUAUAAAGCAAUCGGCAAGAUAGGAGAGGGAACAUUUUCUGAGGUGAUGAAGAUGCAGAGCCUGAGAGACGGAAACUGCUACGCAUGUAAACAGAUGAAACAGCACUUUGACAGUGUCGAGCAAGUGAACAAUCUCCGGGAGAUACAAGCUCUGAGGCGUCUGAAUCCACACCCGAACAUUCUUACGUUGCAUGAAGUGCUUUUUGACAGAAAAUCUGGUUCUCUUGCACUAAUAUGUGAACUUAUGGACAUGAACAUUUAUGAGCUAAUACAAGGGAGAAGACACCCAUUGUCAGAAAAAAAAAUUGCGCACUAUAUGUACCAGCUGUGUACAUCUCUCGACCAUAUGCACAGAAAUGGAAUAUUUCACAGAGACGUAAAACCAGAAAAUAUAUUGAUAAAGCAGGAUGUCCUGAAAUUAGGGGACUUUGGGUCCUGCCGGAGUGUGUACUCGAAGCAGCCGUACACAGAGUACAUCUCCACCCGCUGGUACCGGGCCCCCGAGUGUCUCCUCACCGACGGCUUCUACACCUACAAGAUGGACAUGUGGAGUGCCGGCUGCGUGCUCUACGAGGUGGCCAGCCUGCAGCCCCUCUUCCCUGGAGCCAAUGAGCUGGACCAGAUCUCCAGAAUCCACGACAUCAUCGGCACGCCUACUGAGAAGACCCUUGCCAAGUUCAAGCAGUCGAGAGCUAUGAGUUUUGAUUUUCCUUUUAAAAAGGGAUCAGGAAUACCUCUCCUGACAGCCAGUUUGUCUCCACAAUGCCUCUCCCUCCUGCACGCCAUGGUGGCCUAUGACCCAGACGAGAGAAUCACUGCCCACCAGGCCCUGCAGCACCCCUACUUCCACCAGCAGAGGGCCACCGAGAAGCAGGCUCUGGCCAGCCACUGGAGGAAAGCCACAACUUUCUUUCCAAAGCACCCUGUGGCCCCGGAACUACUCAGCAGCACCUGGCAAACUCCCAAGGAGGGCCAAAAGCAGAAACAGACCCUAAAGCAAGAGAAGGACCAUCCUAGGAGACCAGGACCGGCCUACCUGAUGGAACUGCCCAAACUUAAGCUGGCGGGAGUGACCAAACUGUCCUCAUACUCCAGCCUGGCGCUGCAGUCAGUGCUGGCCCCAGGGGCAAAUGGCAGAGUCCCAUUGCUGAGACCCCUGAAGUGUGUUGGUGCAAACCAGAAGACAGACGCACAGAAGGACAUCAAGCCGACCCUGAAACAGCGUCGCCUGCCCACGGUAGACCGGAGGGGCGGAGGCUGCUGACCAGCACGCGUGCGUACCUGCCCCGAGGGCGGGUCCAGGUGUGGCCCCGCCCAACUGCAGGGAGGGGCCUGGCACCUGGAGAGCCCGCCUGCUGGCCAGCGCCGCCCACUCAGCUUGGAGCCGGCUGCCGGCAUCCUGAAGGCAGCUGUACCGCACGUCCGAGUCUAAUACAGUGUAUAACCACCUCAUUUUAGGGUUUUAUUUCGUUUUCGUAACAUAAGAAUUUGGGGCAGGGACUACUUUGUAAUUUUUUGUAUUAAUCAAAACAGAAAUUAUACUUUAUUAUGUAUUAUUUAGGCUCGGUUUCACCGCGGGCGCCGUGGGCCUUCUUCAGCACACCACCAGUAGUGCUGAGAAGGCUUCAGCUCACGCGCUGUACCCUUAAAGACCCCUGAUUCUUAUUAAAAAAUAAGCUAUCCUUACAGUA